UUGGCAUCGUCGCAUGAAUAGAUGCAAAGAUUAUCCUCUAAUAAAUCAUUGCUCUCCCUGAGACGUGAUCCAAACUCAUUCAACAAGAAAACGAAAAAUGAGUCCUUGUCCUUCGGUCUCUCUACUCCUCAUCUUCUUCCUCACCUCCCUCCACGCUGCUUCUGCAGAUGGCGGCAGCACCAACAUAAUCCACGAAACGUGCAAGAAAUGCGCGCAAGAAGACCCCAACGUCAGCUACAAGUUCUGCGUCGCGUCGCUCGAGUCAAACCCGUACUGCCACUGCGACAACCUCCGAGGGCUCGGCCUCGUCUCCAUCAAGCUGUUGCGGCACAACGUGACACGCACGAGGUCUUACACAGAGAAGCUUCUGAAGAGCAAGGAGAUGGAUCCAUCCGUCAGAGCAUGCUUGCAAGAUUGCUUGGAGCUGUACUCUGACGUGGUCCCGACGCUUGCAGAGGCCAUCAGAGCCUACAAGGACGAGAGGUACGGGGACGCAAACAUCGACCUGAGCUCGGUCAUGGGCGCAUCGACGACGUGCGAGGACGGGUUCACGGAGAAAGGCACGGGAUCGCCGUUGGCCAGGAGGAACAAGGACGCGUUCCGGUUGUCGGCUUUGGCUCUCUCGAUCAUUACGAUGCUCUCGCGUUCUUCCCAUUAGUUAGGGCUGAACGUCUUGGCCUUUCAUUGCUGUCGACUCCUGUCUCGUCGUGUUUGGCACACUGAUCCUGGCACUUUGGAUUGUUUAUUCUUUUACUUAGGAACUGGAAUGAUAACGCUGUGGUUUCCUUGUAUGAUUUCUUGAUUCCGUCGGAUGGGUGUCUGCGUGUCAUCGUCUGCUCGCUGCUUUAAGGCUAAAGUUUCAUGAUCGAUGCUUUUCCUGUACUUCUUCUUCGACAGGUAUAUGUUCUCAAUGAAUUCGCCUUACACGUGGCGUGAACAUUUGAUGGGUUGCUUUGCUUUGGAGAGUCAACUCUUUUCUUACGUGUAGCAGGAUGUAAUAUAUAGGAUUCAGUAUACAUUGUUGGUC